UUUUUUUUCUUAAAUAAAAAAUCUGAAAGCCUAAUUUGUCGCCUUCCCUUCUCCUACUCCUAUGAACUUUCAUUUUCCCGAGAAACCGUUGAAGCUCUCAAUAACUCUCGAUUUGAUACAACCAUCCUUUUCUUCCACUCUACCAUUUUACCUAACUUACCAAACAUUCCCAAAAUCUAACCCAUCCCCAGCUCCACCAUUCUUAUAAAAUUUCCUUUUUUCUUUUUGAUUUCUUCUCCAACCCAGAAACCCAAUGGAAAAUUUCCCUUUCUCCUCAAUCCCAAAUCUCCCUUUGUUUUUCUCCAUGUUUUUGAUCCUAUAUUCGAUUGCUUACUCCAUUGUUUUCCGUAACUGGAGUCCCAAGAUUCGCCCCGAAGCUUGUUCUUGCUUUAUCUCUCUCUUCCAUGGCACCCCAGCCGUUUUCUUAGCCACUUUCGCAAUCUUUUCCGACCAAAACCGUGGGUUUUCUUCACCGAACACAAAAACCCAGAAUUUAGUUUUGGAUUACAGUAUUGCUUAUUUCCUCACAGAUCUGCUUCACUACCUUAUUUUCUUCCCUACAGACGUCCUCUUCAUUGGUCAUCAUUUGGCUACCCUCUUUGUUUUCAUCACUUGUCGCCACGUCGUCUUCCAUGGCUCCUAUGCUAUCCUCACUCUCUUGAUUUUAGCUGAAGUUACAAGCUUUUGCCAGAACGUUUGGACAUUGGCAACCGCUAGGAGGCACGAUAACCAGUUGGCUGCAAAGGUUUAUUCGAAUUUGUCCCCUUAUUUUUAUGCCUUUUAUAGUGUUGUUAGAGGGAUUUUUGGUCCAUUCUUUUUGUACCAAAUGGGAGUGUUUUAUUCAAGUGGGGUAGCUGAUAAUGUAAUCCCUAGAUGGCUUUGGGUUUCUUGGAUGUGUGUUGUUAUUACAGCUAUUGGUGUUAGUAUCUUGUGGAUUUCUAAUUUGUGGGUUGAAUUGUUUAAAGAGAAAAAGGCUAAAUUGGAGAAGGAAUUAUGACAAUCGAAUUGUUUUUUUUUUCAGAACAAUCUUGUUUUUGUGGUAUUUGAAUGCAUACUUUUGUAGGCUAUCAAUGCAGCAAUUCAGUUUCA